AUUUACGGAAAUGCUGUUAAAAGUGCUUCCGUGUUGUGAAAUAUGUGGGUUGUCACGCAUUGCUACCGCCUUUGACAUAACAGCAACAGUAUUUACAUGGCGUUUAACGGGAAGUGCACGCCUCAGCCCCAGCAGAAAGAUUCAUAUACCUUUGUGGAAACAGUAUUUGGACCAGCUUCAUUGUCACCAGUAACUUCAAAAGUGCUUGUUGAUGAUAGUGAUAGUGCUUUCAACUCUGGAGCAGAUUUUGUGGCAUCAGGGAGCAUGUUGUUGCAGAUACCAAGCCCAGCACACAGGAGGACAGGAUCAAACCUUUCAAAUAAUUCACUUUUCUUAGAAGAUGAGGAGGAAAUUCAAGUCUUUGUCGAUACCCCAAGCAAGAUACUUUUUUGUCGCCUGUGCAACAAGAUCUUUACAAAUCCUGUUAUUACUGCAUGUGGGCAUACAUUCUGCAGACGCUGUGUCCAAAACAGCACUGAUGGCUUGUGUCCAGUUGAUGAGCAGAAGUUAUCAGUGGUAGUGGCUAAUAUUGCUGUGUCAGAGCAAAUUGGUGAGAUGAUGGUCCAUUGUCGCUAUGGCUGCAAAUUUGAUUCAGAUUCAAAUACAUAUAUAGUGGAUGCCACUCGCUGUCAAGCCACAAUUAAACUUUGUGCUAGGAGAGAACAUGAAGAGACUUGUGACUUUAUGCCAUUAGAGUGUCCUAACAACACUGGCUGCCCUCCUAUACUACGCAAGGACUUUGAGGACCAUCUUAGAGUCUGUAAUAAUGUGCGCUGUCCAUAUCAGAAAUACAGCUGUGAAUUUAUGGGAACACAAGAAGACCUGGAAGAUCAUUUAAAAGUUUGUCGUUUUGAAGGCAUGAAGGACUUUCUACAACGUGUUGAUGAGAAAAUGCAAGAUCUACACUUGUCUUUAUCACAGAAAGACCAGGAGAUUGAGUUCCUUCGAUCCAUGCUUGGUCGUCUUUCAGAGCGCCUUGAGAAUCUUGAGAAGACUGUUGAUCUCAAGCUGGUUGAAGUGGAAGACAACCAGGGCAAGCUGAUGAAUGAAGUACUUCAGCACAGACGGGAUGUUGCAGUGAUUAAUGCUGAAGUUUCCAAUAUUAACAACCUGAUAAACAUUGGGGCCACAGCUGGAGCAUAUGAUCCAAUUUCUAUGUUCAAGUGCAAAGGAACAUUUGUUGGUCACCAGGGCCCAGUGUGGUGCCUUUGUGCCAUGGGAGACUACCUCUUCAGUGGAUCUUCAGAUAAGACCAUCAAGGUGUGGGACACAAGUGCAUCUUACAAAUGUGUACGGACUUUGGAGGGCCAUACUGGUAUUGUCCUAGCUCUGUGCACCUGUGGCAAUAAACUUUUCAGUGGCUCACAAGACUGCAACAUCAUGGUGUGGAAUGUUGACAACUAUGAAAAUGUGCAUGUUAUCAAAGCACAUGACAACCCAGUAUGCACGUUGGUGGCUGCCAAAAACAUGCUGUUUAGUGGUUCUCUGAAGGUUGUCCGUGUCUGGGAUGUGUACACUUGUGAGUUGAGAAAAGAGCUGACAGGACUAAAUCACUGGGUGCGAGCACUGGCUGCCACACAAGACUAUCUCUUCAGUGGGUCUUACCAGACUAUCAAAAUGUGGGAUUUAAAUUCACUGGAGUGUGUUCGAAACCUGGAAACAUCUGGAGGAAGUGUCUACAGCAUUGCAGUUACACCUCAUCACAUUUUGUGUGGCACCUAUGAAAACUGCAUUCAUGUAUGGGAGCUUAAUUCAUACAAGCAGUUAUCAACGUUGAUGGGUCACUCUGGGACUGUAUAUGCCCUUUCUGCAUUACAAACGGCAUCUGGCACCAAAGUCUUCAGUGCUUCCUAUGAUCGCUCUUUGCGGGUAUGGAGCAUGGACAACAUGAUCUGUACACAGACUCUCGUGCGGCACCAAGGCUCGGUGGCCUGUCUGGCGGUGUCCAGGGGGCGCAUUUUCUCCGGCGCCUUGGACAGCACAGUGAAGGUCUGGCAAGUAGGUACGCAGCCACCCGUGACGAUGUGCAGAGUCUGGAGGACGCCUCGCGACUUUGGAACGGACAUGCUUGAACGCUUUCCUUCUCCCGCUGUUCUUACCAAGCUCAAGCAUUCCCUCCGCCCCACACAUACACCUGCUGCUGAUGCUGCUCCCAGGCGGACCAGCUGAUUACCUGCUGGACAGAUUAUUGUUGGAGCCUUCCAUGACUUCGGGGCCCCAAAGGGUCUUAGUUACCUGCCUGCGCUUCUCGUUAAAAGUUUUGUUUGUUGUCCCCAGACCGACCAGCGACGUGAACGUUUGUUGCCGCCCGACGGUUAAAAGAAGAAGUACGACAUCUACACAACCACCACGCGCUUUCCAGAUUCAGAGUACAGGGAUGGAUGGGAGGGGAGAACUGCAGACUGUGGGAGAGGGUGGCUGGGUGGUCGUUGGGGAUCGUAGGCGUGACUCGUUCAGACCGUCUGCUGCGUCUUGCCGUCCCGUGCUGAUGUUCUGCUGACAGCCGCUUGUCUUUCUCGUCCGUGCCUUCCUGAUUGUGUUUGCUUUGUGCAGACGUCUUUCUGCUGUUGUUGUUGUCGUUGUUGUCGUCAGAAAAGUAUACAUUGCCCCAUUGCUGAUUUUAACAUUGGCUGUGAAGAUACUUUUAUGUGAAAUUUUUGUGUGUGGUGAGUGAGGGAACAUACAAGAUAUUAAACAAGAAACUAACGGAAUGAAUGUGUUUGUACUUGAAUGAUGAAGGCAAAAGACUCAGAGCAAGGGAAGAACGACAAGGAACUAAAGAAUGGAGCUAACAAGAGCAAACCAGCCAUGUCCAACCUUUUAAAACUAGACCAGGGUGCACAAAGAAGAUUAGCACACGUAAAAGGACGAGACCUAUUUAGUUCGUAGCCCUGCAACAUUUUAUUCAAAAGGAUGGGUCAAGAUCAGAAAAGCACCGAUAAUACAGUUAAUGGCAGCACAAAUUUGUAACCAGUGGAGAUUUGGGAGAAGUGGCUUGACAUGGUCAGUUCUGGGUCCGCUGGAAGCCUCUCAAGAAGACACGAAAGACCUGGGACUUUCACACACAACUUUGUCGAACUCCAUCAAAUGUUUGACGAUAUUUCCUCGGUUAAGAAGCACCUGAAUGAAUAGAAAUCUACUUCAAUUGCGGAAAUGUUUAUAGUACGCCUGGUGGCCAAGUUAUUGUUAAAAAAGGAAGAUAUUUGAAGGCGCAUUUAAAUUUGGAUAUGCAAAGAUGCCGCUGCCUUUUACUUUGCAAAACAUGGGGAACUUGUUAACUGUUUUGACAAAAGAAAGAGAACAAAGCUAUGCGAAAUGUUGUCGUCGUUGACGUAUGAGAAAACAAGAAAAGGUUUGGUCGCUGUGAUUGUGUUGCUCGUUUUUGUUUCAGCUAAAAGGCGAUUUUUUUACUCCUGUGGGGAUGCUGCCUACACUGCCCAUGUCGCCUCGUUUAAGCAAAUUUUUUUUCAGUUUUAGAAUGACAGUUUGAAAAGCGAACAUCGCCUUUGAGGAGUAUGGUGUGCAAUGAGUGGGUGGGGGUAGAGUAAGGGGUGGGGAGGGGGAGAUGUCCUGUAGGCGCGGCUGUGAUAUAGAGACGGUGCGUGCACGGGCUAGAGACUAGUUUGGGCGAGGAUGGAGACAGCUCCGUACUUUUACCUCUCGUGAACGGCGCACCUUUGUCUUCUCUGGUCAAGCCUCGAUGCCUUUUUUUCCACCUUUGGUUGGUCACCACGGGAGAAAGAAAGAAAGUCGUAUUUUCGUUUCAUUGGCGACUUUGCUGCCAGAGAAUGAAUGAGACUUGUGUGCACCUGCAAGACCAGGUCUCAACAGUCCUUGACCCGAGAGACUGGUAGCCAAGGGUCUCAGGGCUGUCAUAAACCUGCUGCAGGAAUAUUCUUCGCGAAGCCACACUUCCAUCUCGCCAUUUUUUAUUUUUAUUAUUUAUUUUUUUUCGGUCCUCUGUGUUAUCACAUUUGUAUUUCUGCGCCGAUGCGAAUCGUUGACAUGGUCAGCCAUGAACUGCUGCGGUCACUGCUGAGCUUCAUGCCAGCGUCUGAGUGUGCCAAAGUCCCAGGGAGACGUCCUCGGCAGUUUUUGUAGUGUUUAGGUGGGUUUUUAUAGUUGUUAAUUUUAUUGUUCUUAAUCUGGUGAUCCUCAAAUUACGAUCUCAAAUCCGAUGGAUCUGUAACUAAUUGUCAAAUUAGGACUGAUGAUCUAUAGUUGCCUAGAUCGAUGAUCUUGGGCCUGGUUCUUAAUGUUGCAAACUUUUUAAAACCAGUUUUUAUUUAUAUAGGUUUUAUUUAUAUUUUGAAUUGUAUAGCGAUUGUCUUUUUUUUAAAUUAUAGUUUUAUAUAUUUUACAUUUUUUUCUAUAUAUUCUUGUGUAUUUGAAGUGUAAUUGUUUUAAUUAAUUGUAGAAGAUUUAUAUAAUGUUGUUGCAUUAACCCUUGCCAUUCGCCGAGUCUCCAGAAAUCAACAUUUUCGUGCAGUUAAGAACAAUUCAGAGAUUUUCGAGAUUGCCGAUCUUCAUGAUAUAGGUUCGGCCUGGAAAAAAUCAGAUUAAGAGCAGCCUUUAUUUCGUAAUCAUCUUAUUUGUCGCCACCGUCUGUCCCAGUUUCUCCAUCACCGUCGUUACUGAAAGUGUUCAGCCGCCCCUCACUCUCCCAAAAUUAAACCGACUGUCCGGCUCUCGUUACAGUUCGACAAAUGUCAUUGACAGUCUUCUGAUCUUUGGCAUUUGCACCAUCUACUAUCUCUUUCGUUUUUGUUUUUGUUUUCUAAAUUUUUCAAUCUUCUCAGUCCAGACAGAGCGUUGGUGGUCGCUUUAUUCCUGCUGAUGCACAGUUUGAAGCAUCCAUUGGUGAUCGGGUGGCAUGAGAGCAGAGAAUGGCUGUUCGGAUUUCUUCUCCGGCUCAAGGGUUUUCUCUAAAUAGGGCAUGUGUUUACAGGGUUCUCCACCACGUGAUUUAGUUCUUGUUGCUGACUAUUUAUAAAAACCUGGAGAAGCAAGCAGCCACUGUGAUCCUUGAAUGACAAAGAAAACGUUGAUUGUCAGCCCUUCUGGUCGCAACUCUCAGUACAAGUCUUAAGUUUUUUUUUUCUUGCUAUGUUUAGAGUUCGUCCGAGAGUUUUAGAAGCACUUAGACUUGUGUAAACAUCCGUGAUAAUGUUACAUCUAUUUUAAGGUUUAUGUUUGAACUAUCUUAUUUAGUAUUAUAUAAUAAUUGUAAUAAAUAUAAUAGGUGGUUAACUGUGUAAUGGUGGAUCGCUAGAAUGGUUGUCCUGUGCGAUGAUCGUGUUUAAAGUACAUAACAAGAAAUGUGGACGAUUUAUAAGUUUUGUGUGUGCGUGUGUGUGCGCGGGCGCUGCAGUACGUACAUGCAGGUUGACCUGCUGCAUGACACUUGGGGCCAGACGCACGACAGCAGCUCGUAGUUUGGCAUCCACCCUAAGUUGGGGCCCUAGCGAGGUUUCGUGCACCUGGCCCCGGGGUUAUUAUUUUAAAAGCAUUUUAGUCACGGAGUGAGUUUAGUUUCUACGUGCUGUCUGCCAAACCCAGUGUCGUCGUCAUCACCGUCACGUGACUUCUCUGAACCGACGUGCACAGCGACGAAACUUUUGUGGAUAUCAUGAAGGCAUCGUCUGUGAAGAAAGAGCCUGAUGUGUCUACAGUUUGCGUCGCAAAGUUCAACACGAGGCGAGAACACGAUAAUGAAGCACUUUGCCAUUAACAGGACUUGUUUUCUUUUGUAUUUUAUUUUCCUUCAGUGUCACGUGCCGCCCCAUCCUCUCAUGACCUUUGUCCAUCACUGUCUCUCGCCUCAAAGUUCAACGUUGUUAAUGUUUUUAUGUUUACAUCAGGAAAUGCUUUACAAUCACUGCUGGCUUUUUUUCCUCUCCGAAGGAUUUUAUUUUUACAUUUACUCAUGUUUUAUGAUGCGAUUUGUGUUGUAUGUUCGAGAACUAUUAUACAGAAGUAGAUUCCAUACUUAUAGUGGUGUUGCGGAAUUUUGAAAUAUGAUUCUGAGAUGUUUACAUGUACUGCAUGUGAUUCCAUAUUGAGUAUUUAACGCACAUUAGCUUCUUGAAGCACGCUACAAGUCCAGUACACCGAGUGGUCCAACCUGUUUCUUUGCAGAUUAUAAAGAUUAUAAAGUUUGCAGUGAAUGUUUGUAUGUACAGCAUUUGUAAGUGGACAAUAAAUAGUGAAAAUGGUCUUUUGUAUGCGUCAGGCAGUUUCAUUAUAGACACACCUGUUUCUCUGUUGCGACACUUGAUGACAGUGCCGGCUGUUUGCUGUGAUACAACUUAGUUGUUGGCAAGCCAGGGAACACCCACGUUGCCCUCUCAUCCCCUUCUGUCCCCUCAGCCCUGCUGUACAGUUAAAUGUCGGACUGAUGACACCAGGCACUCUUGAAGUUAAGAAUUGCUUUUGCGAUGCGACUGGGACUGUCACAGAUUGCCGAGUCCAGUUGUGGCCGAAACCAGAUUACAUGUCUACAGGUCUACAGGUCUAUUGGGUUACUGUAACCACGUUACACAUCUGCAUGUCUGAUUGGCCGAUUGUACACUUGUUUUUUUUUCCCUGCACUUCCAUUUGUGAUAAUUUGUAGUGAGUGUAUCUUGGCACCGAGGUAUGUACUGUUUGGUCUGCUGCUGUAAAAGUCAAGAGUGGACGAUUAUAUAUAUAUAAACCUUAUUAAACGACUUACGUAAGGGAAA